AUGACCCCGGAAAGCAAUGGAUCCUUCGAAAACUGCACCAAUUCAACAACGUCACUCCCGGCCCAGGACGGCACCUACAUGGCCGAAAUCCAAACCAACGAUUUAAACAACAUGGAAUGUAAGCUUUGAUGGUUUUUUUUGGUAGUUGAGAAAAUUAGGGAAUUCUUCAGAUUGUUGUCACUUGUUUUUUGUGGUUCUUCAAUUGAUCACUGUACUUUCAGAUAUUGCUCCAAGAUUUCUUCACUGCUUUUCGGAUGUAACAUAAAAAAAAGAAAAAAAUAAAAAAAAGGAAAAAAAAGAAAAAAAAUAUAAAAAAAAGAAAAAAAAAAUAAAAAAAGGAAAAAAAGAAAAAAAAAUAUAAAAAAAAGAAAAAAAAAAUUUUUUAAGUAUCCCGUAUCCUUCUUCUCUCUUCUUCUCUUCUAAUUUUACUCGCCUAAUAGUUUACCGCCUAUUUAUAUCAAUGUAAGUUGUUAUUUCAUUCUUGAAUUUAUCCUGCAUUUUUCUUAAAUUAUAUGAUCUAUUUUUUCAGAAACCCAUCUCUCGAAUCAGUGAAUCUUUGGAACACAUUUCCCGUCCCUACUUUCAAUGUCCCAAUUCCGGCCCAGGACGGCACCUACAUGGCCGAGACCCUAACCAACGAUUUAGACAACAUGGAAUGUAAGUUUUGAUGGUUUUUUGUAGUUGAGGACAGAGAUUGCCACGGCUUCGGAGCCGGCUCUUGGCUCCGGCUCCGAGCCGGGAGUCAGAGCCGGAGCCGGAAAUUUUGGGUGCGGCUCCGGCUCCCGAGCCCAAAGUCGGAGCCAGGCUUCCCAGCGGUCAGAAAAGUAAAAAUUUCGUGAUCUUGUUAAACCAAAUUGCUUGAAAAAUACUGGGAAGGGUGUGUUGCAUACGACUCGGCUGCAAAAACCUUUGGUGUAUGAUCUCUGGCACUAAUAACUUUUAUUUUUGGAAAAGUAUUUUUAAAAAAAUUUUUGCUCGGUAGCCGAGAUUUGGAGCCGGAGACCUUUUUAAAUUUUUCAUGGGAGCCGGAGCCGAAAUUUUGACCGUGGCAAUCUCUGGUUGAGGAUAUUAGGGAACUGUUCGGAUUGUUGUUACUUGUUUUUUUGGUGGUUCCUCAAUUGAUUAUUUUAUUUUCAGAUAUUGGUCCAAGAUUUCACUGCCGUAUCCCUAAUGUUUACCACCCAUUUUUUGCUAUGUAAGUUGUUGUUUCACCCUUGAUUUUAGCCUGGUUUUUUCUCAAACUAUAUGGUAUAUAUUUUCAGAAACCUAAACAUCACCUUCACUCACGCCACAUUCCCCGUUCCAUUUGCAACACCCAUCCUUCCCUCCCACUCCCACUCGCACCGCACCCCUCCUCCAUUUCACUCGCACGACACUCCUCCCCCCAUCGCACUCUCUUCAGAAUGUAAGUUUUAUUGGUAGUUGAGGAAAUUACGGAAGGUUUGAGAUUAUUGUCGAUUCUUUUAGAGGGUUCUUCAAUUUAUUCUUUUAAUUUGCAGAUAUCUCCAAGCCCCACGCAACGGAUAGCUUUAAAAAAGAAAAAAAAUGAAAAAAAUAAGAAAAAAAAAUAGAAAAAUAAAAAAAAAUAUUAAAAAAAAUACAAAAAAAGAAAAAAAUGAAAAAAAGAAAAAAUAAAAAAAAGAAAAAAUAGAAAAAAAUAAUUUUUUUAAAAUGACUUUUAUUUUUCUCUUGUAAAAUUAGAUUCCCUUAUAGUUUACCGCCCAUUUGUAUCAAUGUAAGUUGUUAUUUCAUUCUCGAAUUUUUCAUGGAUUUUUCUUAAAUUAAUGAUCUAUUUUUUCAGAAAUCCAGCUCUCAAAUCAGUGAAUCUUUGGAACGCAUUUCCCAACCCUUCUUUCAACGUCCCAAUUCCGGCCAAGGACUGCACCUACAUGGCCGAGACUCAAACCAACGACAGAAACAACAUGGAAAGUAAGUUUUGAUGGCUUUUUUUGGUAGUUGAGGAAAUAUUAGGGAAUUCUUCUUGAGAUUGUUGUCACUUGUUUUUUUGGUGGUUCCUCAAUUGAUUAUUUUAUUUUCAGAUAUUGGUCCAAGAUUUCACUGCCCUACCCCAAAUGUUUACCACCCAUUUUUUACUAUGUAAGUUGUUGUUUCACCCUUGAUUUUAGCCUGGUUUUUUCCCGAGCUAUAUGGUAUAUUUUAUUUUCAGAAACCUAAACAUCACCUUCAUUUACGCCACAUUCUUGGGGAAACGGAUAGUUUGA